CACCGCACAUCCACCGAUCUUCUAUCUCACCAUCAGGGCGAGCCAACGCAAGGAACCCUGCAUUAUAACAUCGGUAAGUUCUUGGAACUACUCAUUGUCAAUUGUGGUCAGCUAAUUGUUUCCCGCAGACAUCACUCGACCCCUACAUCCUUAACAAUGUCUGAAUCUGCUGCCUGGCCCCUCGCCGACGAUGCUCUCCAGCAAGAGCUCCUGGACAUGGUCCAGCAGUGCCAGCACUACCGUCAGCUGAAGAAGGGCGCCAACGAGGCCACCAAGACCCUCAACCGUGGUGUCUCUGAGCUCAUCAUUCUCGCUGCGGAUACCAACCCUCUCUCGAUUGUUCUUCACCUGCCUCUCCUUUCCGAGGACAAGAACGUCCCCUACGUUUACGUCAAGUCCAAGACCGCCCUGGGUCGUGCCUGCGGUGUCUCCCGCGCCGUUAUUGCUUGCAGCAUCACCUCCAACGAGGGCUCCGAGCUGGCUGGCCCUAUCCGCGCUCUCAAGGACAAGAUUGAGAGACUCGCCAUCUAA